CCCGCUGAAGCGUCCCCUGUCGUCAAAGUUUGGCAAAAAAUUCCGCCAUGUUUGGAAAACGUUCGAAUUAUCGUCUGCUCUAAUUAUCACGUCGUAUUUAAAUGUUUAAAUACCUUGUCAGUUAGCAAAAUAUUUGUAGAAGGAAAAGAAAACGGUGAAUUUAUAAGAAAAUCUACUUUAAUUCGACUAAAAACCGGAAAUAAUGUCAAAAAUUGGGAUUGGAAGAGGAAGAGGUUAUCACGGGCUCAAUCAAGAAUCUCUUCGUACACCGUUGAGGAAACCGAACAAAUUUAUCGAGGAGAAUCUAACUAAACACCUUUAUAAACUUCAAUUAUCAGCAGUGAGAGAAGAAAUAUUGGACAUAGUAAGUUUAGUGAAGAAUACAGCUACAACAGAGGACAAUCUGAAAAUUUCUGUAUCAAAAAUUUAUGAAUAUGGUCUUCAAAGUAAAAGGCAUGCAGUACUUGCAGCAGAACUCUGUCAGGAUUUAAGUGACUUUUCAGUUAAUCAAAAUACAUUUAGAAAGAUUCUCCUUCAAAAGUUGCAAAGUGACUUUACAGAAAGAGAGAAACUAAUUUUAAAUACAAAAAAUUUUAUUGGACGUGUUAAUUUACUUUGUGAAGUUUUUAACAAAGUGAGAAUCUGCAAUAAUUCUCCUAUAGAAUGCCUGGCUUUUGCAGUAAUUGAAUAUUUUCAAAUGCUGAUUAAUGGAGAUAUAAGUGAAAUAAGUGUAUUAACUGAGCAGCUGAUGAAAAAUGGGAGAGACCUGGAGCUCUGUGCCAAAGAGCCUCUGGAUAAUUUAUUUAUAAACAUUAGGAAAAGAAUACUCGACGCCUCGCUGAACGUAUCAUGUCGAACUCUAUUGUUAGUAUCACUAGAACAAUACUUAAAUAAGUGGGAAAUGAUGCCUGCUGAAGUAAGAACAGUUUACGCAAAGAUUUAUCCAAUCGUAGAUUCAUUAUUUAAUGAAGAAAUGUCAGAGAAUUCAGUAAAUUGAAUUUCAUAAUGAAAUUUAUGAAAGUUUAUUUCCACAUAAAUGGAAUGUUUUUUAUGUCAGUUCAUUUAACAAAUAAAUAAAGUUUUUAUGG